CUUGGGAAGAACUGGCUCGAUAAAUUCAAGAAACGACAUCCUGGAGUGAAGACGGCUUGGUCAAGACAGAUUGAUGCCGCUCGUAUCAAUGGCUGUGCUCGCCCAUAUCUAGAGACUUGGUUCAAGGACAUGUCUGGAAUUUUGAACGAGAAUCAAUAUCUUCCCUGCGAUAUCUACAAUAUGGAUGAGACUGGGUAUAAUAUGGGUACUACAAUGUCCUCCCAGGUGAUGUCUGUAUCAGUCACUGAGAAGGGUACUAUGGGGGAUGUCUUCAAAGCUCAAAGAGGUCGCCAGGAAUGGGUGACCGCUAUUGAAUGUGUUUCUGCAGCGGGUAUCGCCCUUCCCCCCGUUGUUAUCUUCAAAGGAAAGGUUGAAUUCAACAUGCGGUGGCUGCCAGAGGAUAGGGAUAUAACAGGAUGGCAAUGGAGAAUCAGUGAGAAGGGCUGGACAAGUAAUGCGAUCGGACUUGAUUGGCUCAAAACCCACUUCCACCCCCUGACAGUACCUUCAGAUCCGACGAGACGUCGUCUUCUCAUCCUUGAUGGUCAUGGUAGUCAUCUCAAAGCCGACUUCAUUGCUUUUUGUAUCGAAAACAAGAUUGAUCUCAUGGUACUUCCGGCUCAUACAUCACAUGAAACCCAACCUCUUGACAAUGGGAUAUUCGCCCCUCUCAAACGACAACUCAUGAAAUAUGCCAAUAUUGCGGCUCGCUAUGACUCCUGUCCAAUCACCAAAUCUGCAUGGGCAGCCGAUCUAGUUUCUGCAAGAGAGCUAGCAAUGACACAUCAUAACAUUGCUAUAGGUUGGCGGAAGACAGGUCUCCAUCCAUUCAAC